CUUCUUCGAACACUCUAGUGCUUCUUCCUCUGCAACAACACCACCACAACCCACACACCCCCCCCUCCAUACGAUAUCAUGGGAUCCGCGGGAGAGAGCGGAUGGGUCGUCUCGCUCUCCUUGGCCGCCAAGGCUGGCGAGUUGUCCGCCGACCCUUCUCGCCUGCUCGCUCUCGCUGUCGUCGUCGCAGUUUGCUGGCUCACCACUCUCCUGUUCCACUGGGCCUUCCCCGGCGGCCCCGCCUGGGGAAGGUACUGGUGGAGCAGGCGCCGGCCAUGGGGCAUCGGAGGUGUCAUCCCGGGGCCCCGGGGACUCCCCGUGGUCGGAAGCAUGGGCCUCAUGUCCGGUCUCGCCCACCGGAAGCUCGCCGCCGCCGCGGACGCCAUCCCCGGCGCCCGGCGGCUCAUGGCGCUCAGCCUGGGCGACACCCGGGUGGUCAUCACCUGCGACCCGGUCGUGGCCAGGGACAUCCUGAACUGCUCCGAGUUCGCCGACCGGCCGGCCAAGGAGUCGGCCUACGGGCUCAUGUUCCACCGCGCCAUCGGCUUCGCCCCCUACGGCGCCUACUGGCGCACCCUGCGGAGGACCGCGGCCACCCAUCUCUUCUCCCCCAAGCAGAUAUCCGCCUUCGGCCUCCACCGCGCUGAGAUCGCCGCGCAGAUGGUGCGCGCCCUCAACGGCCUCCCGUCCCAGCCCGUUCAAGUCCGCAAGAUCGUGAAGCGAGCGUCCCUGAACCACGUCAUGUGGUUCGUCUUCGGAAAGAAGUACGGCCUCGAGCAAGAAACCGAGGAGUCGAAGGAGCUAAGGAGCUUGGUAGAAGAAGGCUACGAGCUCCUGGGGAAGCUCAACUGGUCGGACCACCUGCCGGUUCUCGCGGGGUUGGACCUGCAGCGAGUGCGGUCGGGCUGCAACGGCAUCGUCCGCCGCGUCGAGCGGUUCGUGACGCGCAUCAUCGAAGAGCACCUAGUCGGACAUGGGCGCGCCGCGGAGGCUGCCACGGGAGACUUCGUCGACGUUCUGCUGUCUCUGCAGGGUUCCGAUAGACUAUCCGACGCCGACAUGGUCGCUGUUCUCUGGGAGAUGAUAUUUCGGGGUACGGACACCGUGGCGGUGCUGAUAGAGUGGGUGCUGGCGAGACUGGUGAUGCACGGGGAAGUGCAGGCGAGACUGCAAGCGGAGUUGGACGCGGUGGUGGGAAGGAACGGGACGGUGACGGGACCCGAGGCGAUCCCAGCGCUGCCGUACCUGCAGGCGGUGAUCAAAGAGACGCUGAGGAUGCACCCGCCGGGCCCGCUUCUAUCGUGGGCUCGCCUGGCCACGUCGGAUGCGAUCGUGAGCGGGGGCCACUCCGUGCCGGCGGGGACCACGGCGAUGGUGAACAUGUGGGCCAUCGCCCGCGACCCGGCGGUGUGGCCCGACCCGCUCCGGUUCGAUCCGGACCGGUUCAUCGGACCUGGUGGGCACGCCGCUGAGUUCCCGGUAAUGGGCUCCGACCUGCGGCUGGCGCCGUUCGGGUCCGGGCGGCGGAGCUGCCCCGGGAAGGGGCUGGCCAUGGCGACGGUCGAGCUGUGGGUGGCGGCGCUGGCGCACGAGUUCGAGUGGAGGGCUCCGUCCGACGACGCGGCGGAGGGCGGUGACGUCGACCUCUCCGAGGUGCUGCGACUCUCCUGCGAGAUGGCGGCGCCGCUGACCGUGAGGCUCCGUCGGCGUCGCCGGGGGCUGGCUUGAUGAGUGAAGGUAGUGGUCACUUGGAAUGUACACAGUAGAGCGAAUACAGUGGCUUGAGAAAGAGUGGCUUUCCCUUGUUAUAUGCCGUUUGUUCUCUCUCCCCCCUCUCGCUUCUGUUUCCUCUGUUUCUUUCUUGAGGUUUGUGUAGGCUUUGAAUCCGUACUGUAUAUGAAAAUGAAAAUUAUAUGUAACGUAAAAAUGCAAUGAAGUCUGAGUCAGGUUGUUCUCA